AUGAGUACAGAUAGAGUCGAGAUUUACACCCAACCACCACAACAAGACCAAAGAAGUGAUUCUAUUGAAGAGUCGAUUACGACCAAGCUUGAAGAACUUAUUGAGAAGCAUCCAAUAUUACCAGAAGAAGGAGAAGAAGAAGACCAACAAGAAAGAGCAAAAGAAGAUAUUGAAAAGUCGUAUUAUACUACACACCCUUCGGAGACUAGACACAAGGAGUCACUGGAUUCUGAGCCAGAAACUGUAUCAGAGCAUGAUGAAGACGAAUAUGCGGAUGCGGAAACAGCAGAGCAGCAAGGUGACGUUGAGCUUGAUCAAGAUGGUAUGGAAGUACCUCAGGGUAAAAUCCCACUUGAUGGCCAAUUUUCAACCGAUGAGUUGAAAAAGUUGGUUGAAGUAGCUCAAGAGAAGGGGAUACUAAGUGAAGAUGUUGAUUUGAAAGUGAUUGAUUCAGGCGAGAUUGGUGAUAGGAUAAGAUUAGCUGAUGCUAAAGCUAAAGAAGAGAAUGAGAGGAAGAAGGAUGGAGAGAGCGAAGGAGAUAAAGAAAGUAUGAAUGGGACACAGGAGCAAGAAGUUAAGAAGGGAGACAGCAUAUAG